AUGACCCACGAGUCCUUCUAUCGGGUCGACCCCGACGGGGAUGUUGUCCUUAUCCUUCGAAACCCCGGGGCUUCCUUUGCAGAGUGGGAUUCAAGUGCGUCAGCCGAAAACCCAGCAUUCACUAUUGAAGAACUCAGAGCUGCAGCCGACACCUUGAAAACACCUGAAGAUCCUUAUCGCGGGCUCACCGCGGCACAGAAGAAGAAGUACAGGAAAAUGUUAUUUAUACGUGCGGCGGAAUUGGAGGUAGCAGAAACGCCGGUCCAGAGAACCGAUUCACCGCCUUUCGAUGUACCUCCAGCAGCCGGCCCUUCUGACUCUACUGGCCAUGAUUCUCUGCCCAUUGAAGAUACAGCUGAGCCUCUCCCAGCUGCAGCUCCAGAUAACGAACCAUCACAAGAGUCUUAUGAAGAGCCGGUGGUGAAAUACCUUGUGUCUUCGAAACAUCUAGCUCUUGCAUCCCGAUACUUCUCGACCAAGCUCUCUGGCCCGUGGAUUGAAGCCUCAUUCAAGCAUGCUGAUGGCUGCUUUCACAUGGAUGCAACUGACUGGGAUCCCGAGGUAUUACUUAUACUGAUGCAAGUCAUCCACGGAAAGAUGAGAAGUGUGCCUCGACAGAUAGACCUCGGGACGCUGGCGAAGAUGGCAGUCCUUGUCGACUACUAUGACUGUCACGAGGUUAUCGAACUUUACAGCUUCAUCUGGAUUGAGCCUCUGAGAAAGAACCUUCCAGUCGAUUACUGCAGAGAACUGGUCCUCUGGCUUUUCAUUUCGCACGUUUUCCAACAGAACGACACCUUCCAACAAAUGACACAACUAGCCGUGAUGAAGACUGCCUGCCCUAUAAAAACCAUGGGACUUCCAAUCGCCUCUAUCGUUAUCGACCAGGUCGAGUGGCGCAGACAAGAUGCGAUUGAAAUCAUCUUUGGAGCGCUUCAGAAAAUUCUUGACGCAUUGCGAAGUGGGACUGCUGGUUGCAACUUUGAAUGCAGCAGUAUUCUAUUGGGAGCCCUCACGAAAGAAAUGGACAGGCACAGGCUACUUGAUCCCAAGCCAGCCUUACCUUACACAGGAUACUCCAUUGAGAAUACGGAGAAGAUCGUAAGGGCCUUCCGCUCUCCUCAAUGGAGUACCGAUUUUCUACACGGAAAACGCCAUUCAUGCACUCUUCCUAGCAUGAUAGACUGUUACCUCAAUGCAGACUUCGACAAGAGCAAACAGGGCUUCAAGCUUUCCGAAGCAGUUUCGGCGCAAGUCAAUGGGACAGAGAAGCGAGGGAAGGGGAAGAAUAUGUCCGCGGAGGAAGACUAUUAGGACACGCUGGGAACUUUCAUGUUCUUACCAAAGGCUCUCAUCUUUGUUUCUUUUUUUGACGGCUCGAUUGUUUGCCCCAGCCCGCUGCAACUCAGUAUUACACCCAUUCUUUCAGACAUCCGUUUAGAGCCUCUAG